AGGUGCCGCUGUGGCGUAGGAAUAAAACCUUGAACUGGCACGUUUAUUAUAUUUUUAUUUCUGGGUGGGCUGGAUUUUCUAUGUAGCCGUGUGUGCUCGUGCAGUAUUUUUUCUGCAAUGCCUGCGCGAUCAAAGAAGCGUCUCUUCUACGAGCACGGAGUGAUCAGAUGAGAUAUUUUCACAUUUUUUCACAUUCAGCUGUCAUCACAGGCAAAGGACAGCAUCCUUUUUUUCUUCUCCGGAGAGAGGACUCGAGCAGAGGAGGCCUUUACAGCCGGAUAGUAGGCUCUGAUUUCAGAGACACCAUUAAGGAGAAACAUCUUUGGACCAUUAGAUUGGUCAAUUUGAUAUUAGUAUCGUGUAGCCUGUAAGAGGUAGCCAUUUGAUUCUUAUCAAAGAGCAUGCAAAUUAACUGUAUAUGCACUAGUGUGUUUAUGUUUUGAAGACGUCCAGUCUGUAGCUUUUAUGUUGCACAAAAUCCUAAAACAUUUAUUAUAAGCUUUGUGUACUCGUGCUGUCUGUAUUUUUGCAACACAGAGGAGCUGAGCAUGCAUCCCCUGGCAGGUUUAAUGACUGAUCUGUGCAUCUCACAUUAGGAUCCUCAGGGAGAAAUACAAUCAAAUCUCAGGGUGUUGCUCUGGGGAACACUGUGAGUCACCAGAUAUCUGUAAUGUUCCAUGUGCUCCCCCUUAAUUAAAAGUACAAAGCCCACCACUUGGCUGCAUUAGCUAAAUAGGCUUGAUAAAGAAGGGGGCUGUCUCCAAAGCAGCAAUAAUUUCUGGCAAUUCAUCCUGUAAACAACAGGAAACUGUUGCUGGCUUGUGCCAAAGAUUGGAGACAGUAACAGUGGUCUUACUGUUGGGACGUUAUCCACAAAGGUCUGAGGCGGCUUGUAGGCGGAUACAUUUUGCACUUUACAAUGCAUGUCUAGUUGCAAGAUUCCUGUGUCACAUUUGGCAGCACUUUACUGAUGCACAGCUGUUAGGAUUUAAAGCUUCUUUCAUCUUAGGAUAUACAAAUAUUAACCUUUACAAACUUGGAGGUGCUCAUUUUUGAGUGCUGUCUGUAAAAGUUUGGACUUUUGGAGACUCCUCAUCAAAGACAACAGCUGCUCUAACAUCCUCUGACAUGGCAGCAGCAGUAAACCUCCUGCUUCUCUCUCUCCUCUGCAGCUUGUUUGUGUACCAGUGUCAUGGGGCGUGUGCAGAGGUGGACUCAGACACAGAGGCAGUAGCAGGAAAUGGCUUCAAAAUGGUCUGCAUCUCCUGCAAGAGGAGGAGCGAGGUGGAAGGAGCUGCCACAGUCGAGUGGUACUUCAGGGCCAAAGGAGAGGCCGACUUUGUUCAUAUCUACACCUACAAUGAGGAAGGCCCCACCAUAGAGCACGACCACUUUAUGGACCGCGUCGAUUGGAACGGCAGUAAGAGGAGCAACGACAUCCAAGAUGCAUCCAUAUACCUGCUCAACGUCACCUUCAAUGACUCUGGAACCUAUCAGUGCUUCUUCAACCGGAUCCUCUUCUAUGAUAACUACGAAUACAACACUGUCGUCAGCAAAGUGGUCCAUCUCACUGUGGUGGCUAAAGCCACCAGAGGGACAGCCUCCAUUGUGUCUGAGAUCAUGAUGUACGUGUCCAUCAUCGGCCUUCAGGUCUGGCUCCUAAUAGAGAUGAUAUACUGCUACAGGAAGAUCGCAGCAGCUGGGGAAGAAGCGUUACGAGAAGCAGCAAAUGCUGAAUAUUUAGCGAUAGCCUCGGAGAGUAAAGACAACUGUGCGGGAGUGCAGGUCGGAGAAUAGCACUGGCUUCUUCCACAGACCGAAAACAUCCUUCCAACCUCUGACCUGCAUGAAGACAACUCUGGGGGGGAUCUCUGCAUCUCAAAUCUCUUAUUUUACCUUUUCCUCAUAGAUCACCUAAUGGAUACGACAUACAAAGAGAGCAUGGUACCAGCACUGUAUAUAGUACUCAGCGCAAAAGCAUGUUCUGCACUUACAUGAGAACCCAUUAUGCAUUAAUGAGCCACAUUGUCAGAGCAUAUACUGUACAUACAGUAUUUCUUUAAGUCUAUGUAGUCACACAUUUAUAUAAAAUGUACCAUAAGGGGGUCCGUUGUACACGAGGCUGAUUGUUAAAGAAAGCUUUUUACGACAUUAACACCACCUGAUGUAUAAAACAUGAGACACACCACACGUAUGGUAAAGUAUUUCUAAAAUAGAAUGUAAUGGACUAUGAUAGACUGUCUUUCCAGUUACUAGCUGUACAUUGAAGAAAAUCUUAAGAUGUACUAAUAAAAACUGAAUAUGUGAUGGAAAA